AUGUUGCUGAAAAUUAUGAAUGCCAAGAAAACAAUUGAGGUUGGGGUUUUCACUGGCUACUCCCUUCUAUCAACUGCUCUUGCUCUACCUCAUGAUGGCAAAAUAAUAGCUAUUGAUCCGGAUAGAGAAGCAUUCGAGACUGGACUGCCGUUUAUCCAAGAAGCAAACGUUGCGCACAAAAUCCAGUACAUCCAAUCCAACGCCAUGAAAGUCAUGGAGCAACUCCUCAUCAAGGGAGAAGAAGGAACGUUCGAUUUUGCAUUUGUGGAUGCUGACAAGGAAAAUUACAUAAACUAUCACGAGAAGCUUAUGAAGCUUGUUAAGGUUGGGGGAAUUAUUGCCUACGACAACACCCUGUGGUCAGGGACUGUGGUGGCUUCCGAAGAUGCCGAGAUGGAAGAUUUCUUGAGGGGGUGUAGAGGACACAUUAUGGAGUUGAACACUUUCUUGGCUAAAGAUGCUCGGAUUGAAUUGGCUCAACUUUCCAUUGGGGAUGGAGUUACACUUUGCAAGCGUCUCAAAUAG